AUGUAUAAUUGUGCCAAGUAAACUGUUAAUAGUGUGAUUAUAAUUAAGUAUGCUAAUAAUGUUUUUCUGGGUAUUAUUAUCAGAAAUAAACAAACUAAUGCUAGUCAUGUAAUCCACCCUGUUAAACUUGUGAUGGUCCAAAUCCAAAUAAUUGCUUAUCUUGUAGUACUGGACUGUAUUAUAAUUAGGCCACAAAGUCAUGUAUUUGUGAUCCAACCUGUAAAACUUGUGAUGGUCCAAAUCCAAACAAUUGCUUAUCUUGCAAUCCUGGACUGUAUUAUAAUUAAGCCACAAAGUCAUGUAUUUGUGAUCCAACCUGUAAAACUUGUGACGGCCCAAGUUAAACUAAUUGUUUAUCUUGUAACUCAGGGUUUUACUAUUAGUAAGCUGCAAAAAAGUGUGUAAAAUCUUGUAAUUAAAAUGAAUUUCCAAAUUUAUUAUUAUAGCAAUGCUAGUCAUGUGAUAAAAGUUGUGCAAGCUGCGAUGGAAAGGAUUUAAAUAAUUGUUUAAGUUGUUACCCUAACAAUUUUCUUUACAACAAAAUUUGUGUUAGCCUAUGUCCAAAUGGAUUUUAAAGUAAUUUUAACACUCUCACAUGCGAUUCAUGCUAAAAUUAUUGGAGCCCAUAAUGCAAUCCCUGCUAUUCCAACUGUAAACAAUGUGAUUAGUCAUAGAUUUAAAAAUGUCAGACUUGCUAUAAUGAAACAAGAUAAAUAGAUGUUUAAAGUAAUAGAUGCAUUUGCAAAAACUAAAAUGAUUAAAGGAAUAUAUUUUAUUAAUGCAGCUAUGAAAAUAUUGCUGUCAUUGAUGCAAAAUUAAGUGCUACAUUUCCAUAACUUAUUAUUGAUUUGGGGUCUCCAUUAAUGA